AUGGGAGCAGCAACAAACUGCCUUCUCUUCGGGGGGAGGGGAACUGGUGACAAGUCACAUAUCCGGAAGAGAUACAUGCACCUGACGGAGGAGAUGCUCGAGGAGAACCCCAACAUGUGCACGUUCAUGGCGCCGUCGUUGAGCGCACGUCGGGCCAUCGCUGUCCCCCUGGUCCCAAAGCUCGGCAAGGAGGCCGCGGAGAAGGCGAUCAGGGAAUGGGGGCAGCCUCUGUCCAAAAUCACCCACCUCAUCUUCUGCAGCACCUCCGGAGUGGACUUGCCAGGCGCCGACUUCCACCUGACAAAGAUGCUCGGCCUGCGCCCGUCAGUGAAGCGUUUCAUGAUGUACCAGCAGGGCUGCUUCGCCGGCGGCAUGGUGCUCCGUCUGGCCAAGGACCUGGCCGAGAACAACGGCGGAGCACGCGUGCUGGUGGUCUGCUCGGAGAACACGGUGCUCUUCGGCGAUGGCGCGGCGGCCGUGAUCGUCGGGGCGGACCCCGACGAGUCCACGGAGCGGCCGCUGUUCCAGCUUGUAUCGGCGAGCCAGACCAUCCUGCCGGAAUCGGAGGGAGCCAUUGGCGGUCAGCUACUGGAGGCGGGCCUCACCUUCCACCUCCGCAAGAAUGUUCCCAUACUUAUCUCCAAGAACAUCGAGCGUGCGCUGGAGGACGCCUUCAAGCCACUGGGCAUCCACGACUGGAACUCCAUCUUCUGGGUGACGCACCCCGGCGGGCCGGCCAUCCUCAGCAUGAUCGAGGCCAAAGUCAAGCUUAAUAAGGAGCGGAUGCGCGCCACCCGGCACGUCCUGUCUGAGUACGGCAACAUGUCCAGCGCGUGUCUGUUCUUUGUCCUGGACGAGAUGCGCAGACGCUCCUCCGAGGACGGACACGCCACCACCGGCGAGGGCAUGGACUGGGGUGUCCUAUUCGGCUUCGGCCCUGGCCUCACCGUCGAGACCAUCGUCCUCCACAGCGUCCCCAUCGCCUCCCUGUGA